AUGACUGAAACGGAGCUAUUACUACAAAAGUCAACUCAGUCACAUAAUCAUGGAAACCGAGUGAAUGGAAAACAACUUGCAGUCAAUACCCUGCGUGAUUGGCGUCAAUGUCUUCGUGGUCAAAAGAUGGAUGAAGACGAUUAUGAAAAAAUUGAAGAUCAAGAUAAAGGUACUGCUGAAGGGUCCCCAGUUGGAAUAUUUUCAUUGUUCCGAUUUGCUGAUCGUCUGGAUUAUUUGCUUAUGGUUUCUUCUCUAUGCUUUCUGGUAUUACACGCUGCGUCCCUUAUAGCAAAUUUGAUUAUAUUUGGACAGAUAACUGGAUUGUUUGCUAUGAAAUCAUUUACGGUUAGUUGUAACGAAUCGCACCAAAUAAACAAAACCCUCGUUCAAAAUAAUGAUAAAUGUCCUUUGGGGAUUGGUCAAAAUUCAAUUACUUCGAUACAACUAUCUCGACUUUGUAAUAAUAAUACAAACGUUUUAUCAUCAUCACAAUCGACACAGAUGCCAGAAUUUCGAGAAAAAGUGAUGAAUAAUAUUUAUUUAUUAUUUGCGAUUGCUAUUAUUUCAUGUAUCAGCAGUGCAUUGGAACAAUUUAUAUGGUCAAUGUCUAUAAAGAGGCAAAAAUAUCAAAUGAGUAUUCAACUGUUCCGAUCACUUCUUCAACGUAACGUUGCCUACAUUGACGUGAAUAAUAUCAGUCAAUUUAAUGAAAAACUAUUCAAUAAUAUCGAUAAAAUCGAAAUGGGUAUUGGUCAUGGAUUCGUAUCGUUGAUAGGAACUUUGCUUAUCAUGAUCGUCAGUACGACUAUUUCGUUUAUAAUCAACUGGAAAUUAGCUUUGAUUAUAUUUUGCAUCAAUCCAUUUGUAAUUGUCACUUCGUUAAUUUUUGCUCAAUUGACAGCCAAAGAGGUUAUAAAUGAAUUACUAACUUAUUCGAAAGCGGGACAAAUUGCGCAGGAAGUAUUCAGUUCAUUGCGAACUGUUUUUUCUUUAAAUGGAGGCGAAUUUGAACAAAAAAGGUAUGAAAAGCAUUUACAGUCCACAAGAUGGAGUAAUAUGCGCAAAAGUGCUAUAAUGGGUAUUUUUAUCGGUUGGUUAUCUUUGGUAAACUAUAUUGUUUAUGCUCUUGGUUUUAUCUUUGGUUCUAUACUUAUUUCUUAUGAUACUAAUCAUUUAUUAAAUAUUAGCGAUAUUCUUGUUUGCAUUACUAUAUCUGCACAAUGUAUAAGCUUUUUUGGUGUAGUUGGUCCUAUGUACCAAGCAUUUUCAGAAGCCCAAGGUGCUGCCGCGCCUGUUUUUCAACUAAUUGAUGAGGGACAAGAUUCAAACAUUAAUGAAAUGGAUCUACUUGGAAAGGCAACAACAAAUGAGAAAAUAGAAAUGAAUGUGAUUGGUGAUAUUGAAUUCGAUAAUGUUACGUUUGAUUAUCCAUCUAGAAAAGAUUUGACAGUUCUGCAUAAUCUUAAUAUUAUGGCUCGUGUUAAUAAAACGACGGCUCUUGUUGGUCGGAGUGGAUGUGGCAAAAGUACAUGUAUUUCGCUCCUCCUUCGUUUUUAUCAACCCUCAUCAGGUCAAAUCAAAAUCAAUGGUCAACCUAUUUCCGAUUAUCCCAUUAAACAAUUUCGAGAAAAUAUUGGCGUUGUUAGUCAAGAACCUAUUUUAUUUGGAUCGAGUAUUUAUGAGAAUAUUCGGUUUGGUAAAUUAAACGCAACACGUAAUGAGAUCGAAGAAGCAGCAAAAGAAGCUAAUGCACAUAAUUUCAUUAUGAAUUUACCAGAUAAAUAUGAAACUCUUGUUGGUGACAGUGGCGUACAAUUGAGUGGCGGCGAAAAACAACGAGUUGCAUUAGCUCGUGCUUUGAUUAAAAAACCUUCAAUACUUUUAUUGGACGAAGCAACAAGUGCACUUGAUAAUGUUAGUGAAAAAAUCGUACAAGAAGCUCUGGAUCGAGCAUGCAAAAAUCGUACAACUAUUAUUAUUGCUCAUCGUUUAUCAACAAUUCAAAAUGCUGACCACAUCUAUGUAUUUGAUAAGGGAAAGGUUGUUGAAGAGGGCACUCACGAAUCAUUGAUGAUGGCAGAGGGUAGUAGAUAUCAAACAAUGGUAAAAAGGCAACAGACAGAAAGAGUAAUGGAUCAUAAAAAUGAUCUGAGUAAUAUGGAAGAUGCAAUACGAGAAGACGAACGACAAAUGUUGGAACGUUCGCGUCUACUGAGUGAGAGUGACGCUUUUGACACAAAAAGAAGAGAUUCAAUACCAUCGAAGAAGGAAUCUAUUUUUUUAAGAUUAAUCCGAAUGAACCGUUCUGAUUGGAUCAAUAUUCUGAUUGGUUGUACCGCAUCUAUAUUUUGUUCACUCUGUCAACCAUUGUUCGCAUAUUUUCUAGCUAAAAUAAUUAGUUCAUUCAAAGAUUGUGGAUAUUCAAGUAGACAUGAUGCAGUUUUAUCAUCAUGCUUUCUAUUUUUUCUUUUGGGUCUUCUUUUAAUGGCAAAUCGAUUUUUUCAAUACUCAUCUUUUGGUAUUGCAGGAUCAAAUUUAACUUACCAGAUUCGUUCAAAAGCAUUUGCAUGUCUUCUCCGACAGGAAGUUGCGUAUUUUGAUAGACCGGAAAAUAGCCCCGGUUCUCUAUGCGCUCGUCUGUCUACCGAUGCAACUGCUGUUCAAGAUUUGGGUAGUACAAGAUUAGGUGUUAUGUGUGAAUCAAUUGCUUUGUCUGUUUUUGGACUUGUUUUUGGCCUCCUAUUCAGUGUAGAAUUGACUUUAAUUGUCCUUGUUUUUACGAUUGUAAUCAUUCUUGUCAGCGCUGUUGAUAUACGAGUGACUAAGCAUUUAAAAUACCAAGAGAAACUUAUUAAUGAACGAGCAAGCGCGCUAUCCCUUGAAGUUAUUCAACAUAUGCGCACAGUAAAACAACUAUCAAUAGAAGAUGAAAUUCUACAACAAUAUUCUCGAUUUAUGAAGCAAAUAUUAAAUUUGAGUUGGAAACCUACUUUGGGACAUUCAUCCUUCAUGGGUGUAUUCUGGGCAUUUGACCCGGCUGUUUUAGCUUGUUUGUAUUGGUGUGCUCUUAUUCUUAUUGAGUAUCAUAAAUUACAGUUGGAAAAUAUUAUUAUAAUUAUUUCAUUUGCAACAUUUGCUCUACAAUCGCCAAAAGCCUUGACAGCAGUUACCGAACGUAUUGGAUUUUCGAUGGCUGCUGCUGAGACAUUCUUUGCUUUAUUUGAUCGAAAACCGAAUAUUGAUAAUUUGUCUACCAAGGGACAAAUAUUGGCGGAUUUUCGCGGUGAUAUCGAAUUGGACCACGUGAAAUUUGUUUAUCCGUCUCGGCCGACAAUUUCUAUCCUGAAUAAACUUCACUUAUCUGUGAAAUCAGGUCAACGUGUGGCUCUCGUUGGCUCGUCUGGGUGUGGAAAAUCAACAAUAAUACAAUUACUAGAACGCUUCUAUGAUGCAUCAGGUGGUCAAGUAUUAUUGGACGGCGUUGAUAUUCGACAACUAAAUUUACAUUGGGUCCGUUCUCGAUUGGGUCUUGUUAGUCAAGAACCUAUUUUAUUUGAUCUAACAAUUGCAGAAAAUAUAACAUAUGGGUUAGAAAACAUUCCCAUGUCAGAAAUCAUUCAUGCUGCUAAAAAAGCAAAUAUUCAUGAAUUUAUUGAACAACUACCACAGGGUUAUGAUACGUUGGUGGGAAUCAAAGGCGGUCUUUUAUCCGGCGGAGAAAAACAACGAAUCGCUAUUGCUAGAGUUCUAAUUCGUCGACCAAGAAUUUUGUUGUUAGAUGAAGCAACGAGUGCUAUGGAUUCUCAUAAUGAACAAAUUGUUCAACAAGCUCUUGAAGAAGCACAAACAGAAGAUCCUACUCGAACAAGCAUUAUUAUCGCUCAUCGUCUUUCAACAAUUCGUUCAUGUGACUUUAUUUAUGUCAUUGAUAAAGGAUAUAUUGUAGAGGCGGGCACGCAUGCUGAAUUAAUACAACUACAUGGAUAUUACUAUCAAAUGCUUGCCACUCAGAAUAAUUUAUAA